CUACGUGCGUAUUGAUCUAUAUCCUCCUUAGAAAUUACCCCUUAUCAUAUUUUAUGCCUUUAUUGGGUUAUUUUAAUAGUAAUCGCUUUUUAUUACAAGCGCUAUUAAAUCAAUUAUUGAUUAUCCUACAAGUUGUAUGUUCAUACAUUAUACAGUACUCUACAGUUCGUCUUUUUACCAACAUAAAAAUGACAUAUGAUUUACUAAACAAUUAUAAAUUUCUUAAAAUAUCAUUUACCAUUUUGUGUUUAACUCACAUUUGUAUUGCCGUAAAAACUUACGAGAGUUAUAAAGUGUACAGUGUUAUACCAGUCAAUGAAGUACAUUUGCAAAUUUUGACUGAUUUACGUAAAGAAGGUUUUGAGUUCUGGACUGACAUAGUCACAAAGGAAAAAGAUGUGAGGAUCAUGGUAUCACCGGCUCAAGAUUAUGAAUUUUUGGAUUACAUGAAAAAUGUCGGCUUAAAUCCAGUUUUAUCCAUACCAAACGUACAAAGUUUAAUUAAUGAUCAACUUAAUCCAGCAACUAACAUAGAUCGAAGCAGUAGUCUUGGUUCAUUCAGUUGGGAUAAAUACCAAAACUUAGAUCAAAUUCAUUCGUGGCUUGAUGAACUAGAAACCUCAUAUCCAGGAAUUGUAUCAACGGUAACUAUUGGCAAUUCUAAUGAAAACAGACCAAUAAAAGGAGUUAUUAUAGAUUUUAAGAGUGGAGAAAGAGGAGAAAGUCCUGUGAUUGGGAUGAUCGAGGGUGGAAUUCACGCUAGAGAAUGGAUCUCUCCUGCAACUGUGACUUGGAUUAUAAAAGAAUUUAUAACAAGUGACAAUCCGGACGUAAGGUUUAUGGCUGAAGCCUUUGUUUGGCAUAUAUUUCCUGUUGUAAAUCCAGAUGGCUAUGUGUAUACUUUUACUGAUGAUCGAAUGUGGAGGAAAAAUCGUAACUAUCUCUAUACCACUAAUUGCAGUUCUGAUAAUGAUUUGAGUAAUGGUAUAGACCUCAACAGAAACUUUGAUUACCAAUGGAUGACUGUCGGUGCAUCUUCAAAUCCCUGUGAUCAGACAUUUGCUGGACCUUCUCCUGCAUCAGAACCAGAAACGCAAGCCAUAUCCGCUCACGUAGAACGACUUAAGCAAGCUGGCGACCUUAUCUAUUACAUCGCAUUCCAUUCCUACUCCCAGAUGAUUCUCAUUCCAUAUAGUCACUUAGGAGGCGUUGAUGUAUUACAGGUCGAAAAUUAUGGAGAUUUGUUUGAGAUAGCAACUCGAGGCCUGGAUAAGCUCACAGAGAAGCAUAAUACUGCAUAUACAACUGGGACAUCACUAGAUAUUCUUUAUGCAGUUACUGGAUCAAGCUUUGAUUGGGUCAAAGGACUAGCUAACGUUCCUAUAGUAUACCUCUUCGAGCUCCGUGAUGUUGGACAAUAUGGCUUUCUCUUACCAACCGAUCAAAUUAUACCGAACAAUGAAGAGAUUAUGGCUUGCUUGCUGGAAAUGGAUAAGACUACUCGUGUUUUAGGAUAUUAUUCAAGUGGCAGUGGUCUUUCCAUUGCUUUUGGACUCAUUUUCAGCAUUGUUUUGUUAGUCGUAGUCCUGUGAAACUUUGAUAAAUAUUUGGUGCAUAAAUAACAUUUUAGAUACUUAUUAUUUUUUUUUAAGAAUAUUUAUCUUUUAUACAAAACAAGACAAGUUUUAUAACUAUAAUUACCAUAUUAUUAUUACAUUAAGUUACAGUAUUUCCGCGUUGAAUAGCUAGGCUGAUCCGAAAUAUCUGCCAGCGAUAGUAUUUUGAAUAUUCUCCCCGCCAAUUAUCUCGACACCAAACGGCACAAAGAUGUAAGACUCACUGAGACUUCGGCAGUCGAAGCAGCAGCCCCAACACCAACUGACGUAUUUUGGACAUGAGAAGGAGCCAGAGUAUCGACGUAAGUUCCGUCCCACACCCAUGUCCUUCCUCGUGUCCAAGCCACCAGGGUUGUUCCAUACGAUUGCCAUAGCGGCUUGAAAUAUGAAAAAUCAAGUCCUCGUAUUGCGAAUGUUCAUGCAAACUAAUUCCAAGCCUUUAUAACAAGAAACUUUACAUAAAAUUAAUACUGUAAAGUGAUUUAAAAAAGAAUAUUUACGACAUUUUGAAAUAAUUUCUGAUUUUUACUUGUUUUUAUGUGAUACAAAAUUAAACAACGUUUGAAUACAGAUUCUUAGCACCUAUGAUUAUAAUGUAACACUAAUAUACCUUCUCAAUCUAUGCAAAUAAAUGACUUGGUUUGAUUUGA